AUGGCCUCGUCCAACUUCUUGCCCUCCUCGGCCAUCAACAAAUUCAUCGCCUUGCGGUCUCUCGCUAAACUUUCAUUACCUACUGCAUCAGCACCAAUAUCAACCUCGUCCUCAAGAUCCUCCAAGAAACCCAGGAUAGAUCCUGUUUCGCCAGUGACCCCAUCCUCACCCUUACCCAAACAAUAUCCACAUCUGACAGUAUCAGCCUCAAGGCCUCACGUCGCGUCUACCUUUCAUUCCACCAACAAUAACCCAGCCAGAUCAAGCUCUUCGACUUCAAGUAGCCCUGCCCCACGCACAAGGACCCCGACCAUUCCAAAGCGGAUCCCCCCUACCCUUUCUCUGGUCGUCAAGAAAGACCAUUUGCCGAAGCAUAUAGACCUACCUACGUUUGUUCCUCGAGAAUAUGAUCCGUUGCCCGCGCCAGGGUCCGAGGAUACUUACAAGUGUAUUGCGUCGAGUCGGCUGAUCCAGAAGACUGCGCUUGUCAAGGCGCUUGUUGAUCCGGACUGUGGGCGUGUCUCGCUUGUUGAGCGGGACUUUGAGUACUUGAGGUACAUGUCGCCCGACACGAGGCAAGGACUAGAUGGGUCAUCUCCAGUAGAAGCAGACCUGAUCCUGGACGAACAUACUGCCAUUCUCUUCCACCCGCUCGGAGAUCUGGGCCAGGCUUCUGGACUGGACGUCGAGGGAGGACUGAAGACAUUUGUUGCGACCUUGGCGAGGAUCGGUCCCCGGUACACGAACCUCUGGCUGAUCUUUGAAGAGUAUUACUCUCCUGCGUAUUUGGUGACUGCGGGGAGUAUUCGCACCACUGCUGGUAUGCACCACGCGCCUUCGGUACCAUUGCCAAUCUUGGCGCGGCCGAAUCCGUAUACUGGACCGACGAUGAAGUAUCUGAGCCAAUUCAUGGCGUGGGUACCGUCUACGCAGACUCGAACUCGCUGGCUCUCCAGGAUUCGCUGUCCCUCUGGUCACCAGUCUCUCCAAACAAAAGGGUGUAACGUUCAACAACAGGCGUUUGGUAUGCAGGACCCAGGACAGUCCAUGGACGAGAUCUCAUUCGAGACACAGGUUUUGUUCGCAUCAGAUGAGCGGUGCGCUGCAAGGAUGGUUCGAGCGAUUGGCGAAGGGAUCGUGAGACGGAUCGAUCGGGCUCAUGAACGGUUCCUAGGCGCGUUCCGGAUAUUCAACCCAUUCUCGAUCCAAUUGAUUCUCUCCCUGUGCUCUCUAAAAGAGUUCUUUGCCAUGGACCACCAGCAGCGUUGCAAGACUGUCGGUCGAUUCAUCGAUCCCGAUGUUCUGGCCAUUUUCGACAAGGUGGUGGCGACACCCAUGUCCUAA